UACAUGGAAAGAGCAGGCAUCCUAAUGUUUCGUGCACUCAGUGUGUAUAUAUAUAUAUAUAUAUGUGUGCCUUAAAAACCCUAAGAGAAUAACCUCUUAAUGUUAAUCAGCUAUAGUUAAUGUAGUAAGCAAUAGUUACUUGAAAUAUAUAAUUCAAUUACGUUUAUUUUAAGUUUACAUUAAUCUAGUUGCACUCUCUACAUGCAGACUAGAACAGAACCUCGUUUUUACCUGGCCAGGCAAGGCCGGUGAUAAUUAUACCAAUUUUGAAGGGCUGUUGCAGUCUUAUAUUUACGGUAGUACAUAUUUAUGUCACGUGUUGAAGGGAAGCGCGAUUGCAAUUGCGCACGCAUCUCACAAGCAAUAUUGUUGCAAUUUGUCAACAUCUACUGAUUGUUUGUUGCACAUUAGCUCGGAAAUUGGAGACUUUACUUAGCACAGAGAAUACUAAUUCUGUCAUUUGGACUGGACAAGAUGGCCAGUUGCAAUUUUCAGUCGCAGUUGUUAUCCAUUAUGGAGGUAUUAGCUAAAGCAGCUGUAGCAGAAAUAAACAAACGUGUUGAUGAUAGCUGUGCAGUUAUACGUUUGGAAGUGACCCAAAGCCAGCGAGAUAUUGAUGUUCUGAAAAGGAAGUGUCAAAUGAUGGAGGGGGAGCUGAAGAAGACACGAGUCAGGAGAAAAGUGUUUUACCCCAUGGCAUCAGCAAGAUCUUCAUAUCCAGUCAAGAUUGUUUUGAACAAGCAAAGGAGUAACUCACAGUGGAGAGAUGGAGAGAUGGCUGUUGAAGAGGACUCUCAACACCAGCCUACAGAUGUGGAGCAGAGAGCAGAGACUGAACCCAUACUGAUCAAAGAUGAGGAGACAGCAGAGGAUGUGUGGAAGACUGACCCUCAGGAAGAGCUCAGGAUCACUGGAGAGGAGUCUGGUUCCAAGCCUGGGCAACCACCAUCCUUUGAGCAACGGCAUUGUGAUGUGGACUUCAUCACACAACCCAACAUAUCUCCUGAAGACUCAGUGGAACAUUACCCCAAUUCUGAUGGUCCAGAGGAACCAGGCACACCCCAGCUCACAUCUACAGACGUUUUCAGCACAGAGCAGCACCGGCCAGAUGAGGACUCACAAGAGCUAGUGAUGGUGAAGGAUGAGAAAGAGGAGGAGCUGGAUCAGACCACGGCCCUCACAGGUCCUGACCAGUUUGUCAUGGAUGAGACUGAUGGGCAGCUGUGGACCUCUGUGGAUCCAGGCAGAGACACUGACCCUGAUGGCCACCAAAUUUUCUCAUUUCAUGCCUCAGAAGAGUACUCUCAGAAUAUCUCUUUUUUCCCAUCUCAUUGUGGGCUGCCAUCCGUUCCUACUAUGACAGAUGAUGUAGGGCCAUCGGUGCAUUCUAGAGGGAAACCACAUGCUAACAUGUUCAGUACAGCAGCACACAUGAAAAGACAUGUCAGGACAUUGGCUGAUGAGACUAGACAACAGAUGCCAGAAGGACAGAGCAGUGAGAUGCUGAACUCUAAUAAUGAUGGAAAUAGUUUAGCUCUACAGCCAAGGCAGCAUCAGCACAGGGCUUCAGAAGCAACAGUGAGAAUGAGUGAGUGCAUGACAGGGUCAAACAUGGCCACCACCUCCACCUUCUCUGGAUACAGCCUGAGUCGCAGUAGUUUUAACAUGGUGAAGAGAAUGAGGACUCAGUGGAGGUCGGGCGGCACCACUGAGAGGCGUUUCAGAGAGAAACCGCACACCUGCGAACAGUGUGGCAGGAGUUUCACCAAGCAGUGGAACCUGAUCAGACAUGCUGUGGUCCACAGUGGGGAGAAGCCCUACGAGUGCACACAGUGUGGGAAAUGCUUCACCCGGCGCUCCAGUAUGAAGUCACAUCAGAGAACUCACAUAGGAGAGAGUCCAGUGUCUCAAAAUGUUGUACCCCGAUACCCCUUGGAUCCACAUACAAGUCUUAUGAUGUCUCAGGCCAGGUGGAAUAAAUAGGGACAUAAUUGCAUACUUUCUAUGUGAAAAUGUGGUCGGUAUUUAGAAGGUACAGAGACAUUUUACAAUAUUUUUCUCCCAAUUGAUUUGUGAAAUACUUUGUCUGUUGAUGGCUCCUGACUUUCAUUUUAACAACCUAUCUACAACUGGUAAUGUGUUUUUGCCCAACAAAAUCAUAAACAUGUUAUAUUCAUUAAAAAUUAUUUCAUGAAAGAGUCAGUCUGUGCUUUUAGAUAAAUAAUUUAUAGGAUCCUUUUAGUAUGUGUUUUGUAUCGUUAAUAGUGUAAUAGGCUAUACAUGCUCAUACAGCUUUACAUUUUACAUCUGCAAUCUAUGCUUUUACUGUGUACGUUGUCUAAACUGACACCGGUACUGGAUCAAACUGGUAAUCUGAAUCAAAAAACAUUAGUAUAGAUCAAGGAUGGGCAAGUUUGAUGGGGGCCACAAAAAAUGUGAAUUUAUGAGGAUCCGCAAUGGCUCACGUGUCUACAUACCCACACACGCAAUCAGUGCCAGCUCUAGCCUUUUUGGGACCUUAGGUGCAUAUUUUUCUUCCGUUUUUGGAAAUUAAUCUGUGGGCCGACAAAAGGCGAGCCGCCAGUUGCCCAUCGCUGCUGUAGAUAGCUAAAUAGAUUGAUGUGAUUAGUUUGAGUGAUUUACUGAUUUGCUAAUCAACAGAGUCGGUAGGUUAUUGCUUCUUGGAUGUGGCGGUGCAAAGUGAAGAUAGGAAUACUCUUACCUCUUACUCUUUCUUAUUCUUGUUUUUACCUCUGUCACCCUGAAAUUCAAGAGGAGUUACUGUGACAGUUUGAUCUUGUCACGUUCUGACCUUAGUUCCUUUGUUAUGUCUUUGUUUUAGUUUGGUUGGGGUGGGUAGUCUGUUCUUUUUUCUAUGUUGUGUUUAUGUGUUUGACCUAGUAUGGUUCUCAAUCAGAGGCAGGUGUCGUGUCGUUCAUUGUCUCUAAUUGAGAAUCAUACUUAGGUAGCCUUUUCCCACCUGUGUUUUGUGGAUGAUUAUUUUCUGUUUAGGUUGUUUACCUGACAGAACUGUGCGCAUUUGUUUUCGCCGUUUGUCAUUUUGUUUGAGUAUUUUUUUGUGAACAUUAAAUAUGAACAAUUUC